UACACCAAUAAUUAUUCCAUUCCAGGUUAACUCAAAUAGUGUCCUUGUACUGCUUUUAGUUUUACUCAGCAUAUAAGUCAAGUCCCUUCACCAUUGUUACUAUUGUGUGAUUUAAUAUGGGGGAACCAGCUGAUAAUCCUGCUAUAAAGGAGGAAUGGAUAGUCAACAUCAUAUCAGGGCUCCGUAAAACACGUCCAGCACCUCCUUGUUGGAGCAUCUGCAAAGUUCCGAGGAACGUUCGGUCGGUAAAUGAAGAUGCUUACACUCACAUGGUCUCGAUUGGAGCAAUCCACCAUGAAGCCAAAAUGUUAUUGCCUAUGAGGGAUCACAAAAGGUGGUACCUAAACUCCCUCGUCAAUCGUACUGAUAACCCUGAAGAAAUACUCAGCGAUUGUUACGAUACCCUCCUAGAUCUUGAUGUUUCAUGUCCGCAAUUGCUAUUUAGAGCCAAUCGUGGUUAAUAAAUACGAGUUUGAGCAAACCUUAUUGCAUGAUGCAGGGUUUAUGCUUGAGCUGUUCUUCAGCUACGCAGAAUUUGAAAGGAAUAAAGAAACGGAU